AUGGCUAAACGAAAGGUGGAAUUUGAAAACAGGAGUUUUCAAGACAGGUGGGAGGCACAGUAUAUGUUCGCGGAUGUAAAGGGCAAAGCUGUGUGUCUUCUGUGCGGAGACAGUGUGGCUCUAAUGAAAGAAUACAACAUAAGAAGACACUAUGAAACGAAGCACCAAGACAGAUACAAGCAUCUGGACACGACACAAAGGCUACAGAAGGUAGAGGAGUUAAAAAGAAGUCUGGUGUCACAGCAGGCUAUGUUCACUAAAGCCAAAUCACAAAGCGAGGCUGCUGUUAAGGCCAGUUUUAUUGUGGCAGCAGAGGUUGCAAAAUCAACCCGGCCCUUUACCGAGGGGGAAUUUGUCAAAAACUGCAUGAUUAAAGUUUGCGACGCCGUGUGCCCAGAAAAAAGGCAAGCAUUUUUAAAUGUGAGCCUAAGCCGAAACACCGUUGCUGACCGUGUGCGUCACCUUGCUGCCAAUCUCCAACAACAGCUUGUGGGAAAGGGAAAAGAUUUCAUCGCAUACUCUCUUGCUGAGAGCACCGACACUUCUGAUACUGCCCAGCUGUCAAUUUUCAUCCGUGGAGUGGACUCAAGCCUGUGCGUAACAGAAGAGUUUUUGGGAUUACACCCAAUGCAUGGCAGAACUACGGGGAAAGAUCUCUUUGAAGAGGUGUCCAGAUGUGUAGAUAAAAUGGGGCUGCCGUGGGAUAAACUUGUGGGACUGACAACAGAUGGAGCGCCUGCGAUGUGCGGUCAAAGGAGUGGAUUGGUGGGGAGGAUCCGAGAAAAGAUGAAGGAGGAAAACGUCACAAGUGAGUUGACAGCUUAUCACUGCAUCAUACACCAGGAGUCGUUGUGUGGCAAAGCCUUGAAAAAAGAACAUGUGAUGAGCAUCAUAACAUUAGCAGUUAACUUUAUCAGAGCCAAAGGUUUAAAUCACCGCCAGUUCAAGUCUUUUCUGGAGGAGUUAAGUACAGAAUAUGGUGACUUGCCCUGUCACACAGAGGUGCGAUGGCUAAGCCAGGGAAAGGUGCUGGAAAGAUUUUUCCAGUUGCGUGAGGAGAUCUGUGAGUUCAUGGAAAGCAAACGGAGUGAGGCGCUUUGCGCUCAGACGUGUGGCCAGGAGCUUGGUGAGGUGAUGUCGCUGGUCAUUCGAGUGGUCAACUUUAUUGUUGCCCGAGCUUUAAAUGAUCGCCAGUUUAAAGCUCUGUUAGAAGAAGUUGGGAAUCAUUAUCCCGGUCUGCUUUUACACAGCAACGUGCGUUGGUUGUCAAGGGGGAAGGUGAUCAGCCGUUUUGCAGCUUGCCUGAGUGAAAUCCGGACUUUUCUUGAAAUGAAAGGCGUCAAGCAUCCUAAGCUAGACAACACUGACUGGCUCCUGCAGUUUCACUAUCUCGUGGACAUAACUGGCCAUCUGAACCAGCUCAAUGUGAAAAUGCAAGGUAUUGGAAAUACAAUCUCAUCCCUUCAACAAGCAGUGUUUGCAUUUGAAAGCAAGCUGGAAGUCUUUCUCAGGGACAUUGAAACAGGUCGUCUUCUGCACUUUGAAAGACUGCAACAAUUUAGAGAUGCAUGCUUAGCAAGUGACUCCACUCAACAUCUGGAUCUCCAGCAGCUAGCUGGCUUUACGUCCAAUCUCCUGCAGUCAUUCAAAGCACGUUUUGGAGAAUUUCGUGCGCGCACUGGUCUUUUCAAGUUCAUCACUCAUCCACAUGAGUGUGCAGUGGACAAAAUCGACCUGACAUGCAUCCCCGGGGUCUUUAUCGGAGACUUUGAGCUGGAAGUUGCUGACCUGAAGGCAUCAGACAUGUGGAUGAGUAAGUUCAAGUCACUUAAUGGAGAGUUGGAAAGUCUUGCGCGACAGCGAGCAGAGCUGGUGAGGGAACACAAGUGGACAGAAAUGAAAAAUCCUCAACCUGAAGACCAGCUGAUUCUUAAAACUUGGAACGAGCUUCCUGUGAUACCACACAAUGCAGCGUCUCUCUCCUCCUUUCUCACCUCCUGUCAGUCGACAGCGGUGUCAGAUUUCCCCCUGGCCAUGAAUUUUGCAUGA